AUGGUUGGUAAUAUUGAUUUUCGACAAACAUUUGGUUUUUCGCAGGAAAAAAGCGUAGCGGAUGGGGAAAUCGGUUGCGAAAUGUCCGGUUGCCAGGUGACCGACUGGCUUGAUGAGCAGCUCUCUCGCAUUAACAACGACGACCUCGCGACCGGAAAAUCGGAAUCGGAUGAUUUUGAGACCCCAGAAUAUUCGGAUUUGGAGUUGGCACAGAUAUUUGGAAUGGUUCAACAAAAUGUGCUCGAGCAGAAGGACCAGUUGAUGGAGGUACUCGGAGAAGUCAAUGGAGUGACCGGAAAAUUGGAGGAGCUCGAAAACGAGGUACUUUUUUGUGAACAAAUGUUUUUUGAGGCGAAUUGUUAGGCGCUUGAACCUCCAGCUCGUAUUUUCAGAACCAAAAGCUCCGUGCCGCCUUUUCCGCGGAAGUCGCCCAGCUGAAGGAUGCGUGGGAGGAAGAGAAGAAGACGAUAAUGUCGGAGGCCGCCCGUCAGCUCCACGAGAAAACUGUCGCCCACACAAUCAUCGUGGAGCUCCGAGAGCAGUUGCGGGCCAAAUCGGCGGAGGUGGCGCGGCUGGAGAGGGUGUGCGACGCGUUCGAUGACGUGGAAAAAGAGUACAGGGAGAGGAUUUGGGCACUGGAGACGGAGAACAAGAAGUUCCGGGGAGUCGAGUCGCCGCCACGUGGCAUUGGACUGUUGCAGCAAGCCGGACUGGGGUCAGUUACGGAGAACACACGAAAUAUAUAUAUUGUUUCUAUUUUUUCCAGAAUGGUUCAAGAAGAUUCGGAUGGAAAUGACUCGUCGAGUGUGAUCAUCGACUGA